AGGGAGAGAGAGAGAGAGAGAGAGAGAGAGAGAGAGAGAGAACAUAAAAGAGAAGUGGGGAACCUAAUCCAAGAGAAAACAAUUACAGUGAAACCCAUCAUUGCAAUUCAUAAAACCACUCCAUCUCCCACUUCUUUCAACAUUCUCAUUCUCACAGCCCAAAAAAUGGAGCUCAAUAAGCUGCAGAGAGCUUCAGUAAUAGCAGCAUUAGUGUUAUUCCUUGUUUUAGUUAUGAUGGGCAAUUUCACUAGUGCAGAAAGAGGACUGAAAGAGCAAAAACCACUAGUUUUGGUUGAGAAAGAAACGAACAAGCCUGGUUUUCUAGUGAAAAUGUCUAAUUUCCUUUGGCAGAGUGACAAGACUUCUUAUGAGCCUGUUUGGCCGGAGAUGGAGUUUGGUUGGAAGAUCGUUGUAGGAUCAAUAGUUGGAUUCUUUGGUGCAGCAUUGGGUAGCGUUGGUGGAGUUGGAGGUGGUGGAAUUUUUGUGCCAAUGCUCACUUUGAUCAUUGGCUUUGAUCCCAAGUCUUCUACAGCCAUCUCUAAAUGUAUGAUCAUGGGUGCUGCAGGAUCAACAGUAUAUUAUAACCUGAGGCUUAGGCAUCCAACACUGGACAUGCCCCUCAUAGACUAUGACCUGGCAUUGCUUUUUCAACCCAUGCUUAUGCUAGGAAUCAGCAUUGGAGUAGCAUUCAAUGUCAUGUUUGCUGAUUGGAUGGUCACAGUUCUGCUUAUUAUUCUCUUCAUAGGUACGUCAACUAAAGCUUUAUUCAAAGGCAUAGACACAUGGAAGAAAGAAACAAAGAUGAAGAAGGAAGCAGCCAAGCAAUUGGAAUCAGAGUCCAAACCAGGUGAUGGUGAGGGACAAGAUUACAAGCCCCUGCCAAGCGGACCAGCUGCACUGACAAAUGAUGACGAGGAGGUCUCCCUAUUGCAAAAUAUUUACUGGAAAGAGUUAGCCCUGCUAGUGUAUGUAUGGGUGGGCUUUCUGGCAGUUCAAAUCGUUAAGUCAUACGUUAAAACGUGCUCCAUCACGUACUGGGUUCUGAACGCAUUGCAGGUACCAAUUGCUGCCUCAGUUACACUUUUUGAAGCCAUAUGCUUGCGCAAAGGGACCAGGGUGAUAGCUUCCAAAGGAAAGGAAGUCACAAACUGGAAGUUUCUUCAGAUUUUGCUUUACUGUUCAUGUGGGAUAGUGGCUGGCAUGGUGGGUGGACUUCUUGGGCUAGGAGGUGGCUUCAUCUUGGGACCUCUUUUCCUUGAAUUAGGAAUUCCUCCUCAGGUGGCAAGCGCAACGUCAACCUUUUCAAUGGUAUUCUCAUCUUCAAUGUCAGUUGUUCAGUACUACCUUAUCAAUCGUUUUCCAGUCCCGUAUGCUGCUUAUUUUGUUUUGAUUGCAACAAUUGCUGCCUUGGCUGGCCAGCACGUAGUCAGAAAGAUCAUUGCUCUUCUUGGAAGAGCAUCAAUAAUCAUCUUCAUACUGGCUUUGACAAUUUUUGUGAGCGCAAUCAGCUUAGGUGGAGUGGGAAUAGCAGACAUGGUUGAGAAGCUGGAGAAUGAAGAGUACAUGGGAUUUCAAAAUCUGUGUUACCAGUGACCAGGUUCAAUUGUAUCAGAAUAGCAGAGUGGGAUUUUUCUCAGCCGAUGACAGCUAAAUUAAUCCACCCUACUACAAACUGCUACAUAGUCUUCAAUUUCUCCAUUUAUUAAUUUUCAAGUAAAGAUACAUAUAUAAGUCAUUGAACAUUUCUUUAUUGUGUGUACAAGUAUCAUCUAAAACUACCCCAGCUGAGCUUCUUCAUGUUUUCUCUUGCAUCGCAUUAGUAAUGUUAAUUUCUUCUAUAACAAUUUUUGCAACAAAGCUGCAUUCCAUGAA